AUGGAUGCCGCCUGCAAUAAUGUGGACAGCGACAUUGAGGAGAUGAACCACAAAGCUGAUAUUGAAAUCGAGAUAACGCAAACUCCAAGGCACCUUAAUGACGUAGACAAAGGCUGGGCGUGGGUGGCCUUGUUCGCUGGCUUUGUGACCAUGGUGUUCGUUGGCGGAUGUGUAAGUGCUGUGGGCUUCAUUCAUAUCUAUCUGAUGGAAGCCAUGGGCGAGAGCGCGGUAAAAACGGCUUGGAUCGGGUCGUUGUGUUCAGGGCUACUUAGCCUUUUUGGCCCAGUAGCUAGUGCAAUAAGCAACAGAUGGAGUUGUCGGACUUGCAUGUUCAUAGGGGGCGUUCUUGGCUCCGGGUCACUCGCAGUUGGAUCGCAGACUGACAGCUUUGGCAUGGCAUUUCUCACUGUCGGCAUUUUGGCAGGUAUGGGCUUUGGUUUAGUCACUACACCAGUCUUCGCUGUUGUCGGAUACUAUUUUGAUCGUCGUCUUAGUAUAGCAAGUAGUAUCGCCGUUAUUGGUGUACCCGUGGGUGUCAUGCUUGGUCGCCUGAUUUGUUUCUACUUGGUGUCGUUUUAUUACAACGUGGAACCUGGACUGUACGUACCUAUUUUUGUGGACUUAGUCGGCCUGGAAAGCCUCCACAUAGCAGUAGGCCUGGAGAUGUUUGCCAUAGGCAUCGGAUUCAUCAUUGGACCGCCCUUAGCAGGUUGGUUUCGGCAGAUUUCAAGGGAUUUCAAGUUCUCUUUUUACACAGCAGGAUUGUCGGUUUUGCUGUCGGCUCUUUGUUGUCUCAUGAUGAUGAAAACGAAGAAAACAAAGGUUCCAUCUACUCGUAGUCUUCAGUGA